AUGGAAGGUUAUCUUGAUGCUAGUGAUCUGUGGGAAGCUGUUAGUGAGGAAUAUGAAGUUCCUCCCCUGUCCGACAAUCCAACUAUGGCUCAAAUAAAACUACACAAUGAGAGGAGGCAAAGGAAAUCAAAGGCAAAAGCUAGUCUAUUUGCAGCUGUCUCAUCUACAAUUUUCACCAAAAUCAUGACAUUGAAGACAGCAAAUGAAAUAUGGAACUUCCUAAAGAAGGAAUAUGAAGGAAAUGAACGAGACAAAGGCUAUAGCUCAAUAUCAAAGGCCUAUAGAAUCUACCUUCCAGAAAACAACAAAGUAAUAUUUAGCAGAGAUGUCAAAUUCUUCGAAUCAGAAAGUUGGAGUUGGGAGAAUGAUAAGAAGCUUGAGUCUAAAGAGAAUCUUGAGUUCCAAAGGGACCUUAAGUUUCAGAAGGAGAAUGACAAUAUUGAUGAUGAACCUGUCAGGGGAACCAGAUCACUCUCUGACAUCUAUCAUAGGUGUAAUGUUGCUAUAAUAGAGCCUGCAAGAUUCCUCAACAUUCUGUUGCUUCCUGAGAGUUUCUACACUUUGUUUCUAUCAAAACCCACAUUUACCAUUCCAAAGGGAUGGAAGACACAUUGGAGCGUACAUUCAACACAUAAAUACCCCAAACACUUUCCGAAUCCUGAGAAAUUUGAUCCAUACAGAUUUGAAGGAAAGGGCCCUGAGCCAUACACUUUUGUACCUUUUGGGGGAGGACCUCGAAUGUGCGUUGGGAAAGAAUAUGCUCGACUGGAAAUGCUUGUAUUUAUCCGCAAUGUGGUGACCAAAUUCAAGUUAGAGACUGUGCUUCCAAAUGAAAAGAUUUUGUUUGGUUUGUCAGCCCUUCCGGCAAAAGUUCUCCCAAUUCGCCUACGGCCUCAUCAAAGUUAA